AUGAUGCUCGACCACGACUCUCCGUUGGUGCAGCCCUCCGUGGCUCCCGACAUCGCUCCGGAGUCGACUGUGGAGCCUUUGCCACGUCUGUCUGAGGUCCCACAGCCACCGCUGCGACGGAUAGACCUUGUUUUCGAGCAGAAGGGGUCCUUGGGCAUCGAGUUCAAGGAGCUUGCAGCACCCUUCGUCAUCGAGCAGGUGCACAGUACUGGCCUGGCUUACAACAGAGAUCUGCAGAAGGGAGAUCAGCUCAUCCUCGUCGGCGGGGAGGACGUGACCGAGCUGGCCUGGGAUGCGUUGGUGCAGAAACUGGGCCCAAGACCCGUGCUGGUGACAGUCGAGCGUCCUGAUGCCGUGGAGGAAGAGCCGCCCCCGACGUCCUUCAUGUCUGGUCUCGGCAGCACCAUGCGCAGCCUCGGCGGAAGCGUCAUGGAGCCUCCCGGCCCUGAAGAGCAG